AUGGAGACUAAAACGAGGAAAUCAAACCGAAACGCAUCAUCCAACUCUCAACCCCAAGGUGUGGCCUGUAAGUCUAAACAGACCAAAUCCUCUGCCGGUGCAAGUUCCAAAAAGAAACCUAUGAUUUCGACUGGGAGACCCUCAGUCCCUCCCUCUCUUGAAACUCAGCAGAUGGUAAAUUGCAGCUGUGGUUCUACUGUGGAGGAGGGGAGUCUUAUGGUGGAAUGCGAGGCCUGUCUCAAAUGGUCCCACUCACAAUGUGUCGGUCUCUCGGAAGCAGAUGCCACCUCCGUUUGUUUCCGCUGCCACAUAUGCUCUACUGAUACCUCCCCUAUCAGCUCUACUGACACCUCCCCUAUCAGCAAUGCUCACAUUUCGUCGCUCAUGUCAGCAAUAGCUGAUCUCUCGAACAAGAUUUCCAAUAUGGAAACCUCUCACGGGUUAGAGCUCAAGGCAAUCAAGCUUCAUGUCAUAUCGCUGGAGGAAUCUAAUAACAGGCUUGUACAGGAACUCUCUGCCUUAAAAAAAAUCGUUGUCCCCAAAAAUCACUUGCCUCGCUCCACAAAGCCUCCCAAUGGUGGCGCUGGGCAGCAAGUAAAUGGAAGAGCUUCUUCUCAGUUAAGAGGUCCUUCAUCAUUCAGGAUUGUAUGGGGGACUAAAUUCUCUUGCCCGACUGACUUUGUCAAAGACGCAGUCCUCUCUCUCCUCCCGGCAGACACUGAUAUGUCGGUCUCUAUAAAAAAGAGCAUCAAAUUGAAUAGUGCAGGGAAAAAGAAAUGGUGGCUCACCAUACUAGCGCCUCCUGAGUGUCUUUCGGUAAUCGAUGAGAAAUGGGACUCACUGUCAUGCCCCUCACACUGGCGGCUUCUCUCCAGGCUCUCUGAUCUAGGGCCGCCUUCAGGGAAUCCACCCCUCUUAGGGGGAGAUGUCCCCAAUGAACCAGAUGGUCCUCCCUCCCAGAAUUCUAUCUCUAACCCUCUCGUGCCUUCGGAAGACAAUCCUUUGUCUACUCAUGCCACCCCCCAGGAUAAUCUUUUUUUAGAGGGCAGAGAGCAGUCCACUCCCCCCAACUCAGAGCUGGAGGGGGUGGACUAA